GAGCCGAGAAUGGGAGAAGAGCGGAGCUGCUGAGCGCCCCGGCGAACUCCUCUCCUCUCUCCUCACCUCGCUCUCACGGCCCGCCCGCCCGCCACCUGCUCGCCGCCCAGAACAUCUUCCAUCAUGGCCACCUCAGCAAGUUCCCACUUGAACAAAGGCAUCAAGCAGGUGUAUAUGUCCCUGCCUCAGGGUGAGAAAGUCCAAGCUAUGUAUAUCUGGAUUGAUGGUACUGGAGAAGGACUUCGCUGCAAGACUCGCACCCUGGACUCUGAGCCCAAGAGUGUAGAAGAGUUGCCUGAGUGGAAUUUUGAUGGCUCUAGUACUUUUCAGUCUGAAGGCUCCAAUAGUGACAUGUAUCUUGUACCUGCUGCCAUGUUUCGGGACCCCUUCCGCAAGGAUCCCAACAAGCUAGUGUUCUGUGAAGUUUUCAAGUACAACCGAAAGCCUGCAGAGACCAAUUUAAGGCACACCUGUAAACGGAUAAUGGAAAUGGUGAGCAACCAGCAUCCCUGGUUUGGAAUGGAACAGGAAUACACUCUCAUGGGCACAGAUGGUCAUCCCUUUGGUUGGCCUUCUAAUGGCUUUCCUGGUCCCCAAGGUCCAUAUUACUGUGGCGUGGGAGCAGACAAAGCCUAUGGCAGGGACAUUGUGGAAGCUCAUUACCGGGCCUGCUUGUAUGCUGGAGUCAUGAUUACGGGGACAAAUGCUGAGGUCAUGCCUGCCCAGUGGGAAUUCCAAAUAGGACCUUGUGAAGGAAUCCACAUGGGAGAUCAUCUCUGGGUGGCCCGUUUCAUCUUGCAUCGCGUAUGUGAAGACUUUGGAGUGAUAGCUACCUUUGAUCCCAAGCCCAUUCCUGGAAACUGGAAUGGUGCCGGCUGCCACACCAACUUUAGUACCAAGGCCAUGAGGGAGGAGAAUGGUCUGAAAUACAUUGAGGAGGCCAUUGAGAAAUUAAGCAAGCGGCACCAGUACCACAUUCGUGCCUAUGAUCCCAAGGGGGGCCUGGACAAUGCCCGGCGCCUAACUGGAUUCCACGAAACCUCCAACAUCAACGACUUUUCUGCUGGCGUGGCCAACCGUAGUGCCAGCAUCCGCAUUCCCCGGACUGUCGGCCAGGAGAGGAGGGGUUACUUUGAAGACCGUCGCCCUUCUGCCAACUGUGACCCCUAUUCAGUGACAGAAGCCCUCAUCCGCACGUGUCUUCUCAAUGAAACCGGAGAUGAACCCUUCCAAUACAAAAACUAAAUGGACUAGACCUCAGCCUUCAAGCCCCUCCUAGUUCUGCCUCCCACUCCAGCUCUUCACCCUCUGUGUUAUCCCGCUUGUCCCAAUUGUAACUCAAAGGGUGGAAUAUCAAGGUCUUUUUUUAUUCCUCAUGCCCAGUUAAUCUUGCUUUCUUUGGCCAGGAUAGAGGUGUUACGUUUUUAAUCUCUUCACCCCCAGCCCCUUUUUCUUGUCAGUGAGGCUUUUUUUUAAUGCGCUAGUGGGAAGGGGUGCCUGUCUGUUAGGCAUGGCUGUGGGAUGCAGCAUGUUCUGGGGGAGCAGGGAGGUACAUUUUCUUCAAGGUUGCUGAAAGAGGAGGCCAGGUGAGGUUAGGUUAGAAUUCCCCCUCGUGUGGAAAGCUCUAUUUCGUAAGCUGUAAUUAUAGAGAAGGUGGGGUGGCAGUCAGCGAGGGAAAUGCCCUGGUCUCCUACUGCAGCACUUCCCUUGCUUGGGGCUGCAUUCCCUUCCGAGGACACAAAGCUGGGUAAACUGAUAGAAAGCCCUGUCUUAAAGGAAAAGAUCUUAGUGCUUGGUCCUUCAUUUAUAACACAAAGCAGAGUAGUAUUUUUAUAUUUAAAUAUAAAAACAAAAAAAUUAUGGGUGUGUGGGUAUGUGUUUUUCUAAGGGAGGAAACCAUCCUGGUCCCUGGGUGCUAAAUUUGAGGCAAAUACUUUGGUUUAGAAAUAAAGGAGAUCCUUUGGAGCAGGGGUGGGGAGUGUGGUACUGGGAAAGUUUACUAGGGGCGCUUAGUCUUCAUUACCACUUUAGGGUCGCCCUGCCCUGUCCACCCUUCUUAAGGAGGUGGACCCUGGACGGCUGCCGGGUGAAUGACAUUACUGGUGGUCACCUGAGCCCAGUGGCGAGGUUUAAGACCCGCAUAAUUGUCCAUGGGUUUCUGGGAGCGAGUUGGCUGGCCCACAUGAGAGCGUUCCUGCAGAAGGCCUUGGGUUAUUUUUUUGGUGAAACUAGCAUGUCACUAAAGCAGGCCUUUUGAUACAUUAAAUUUUUUAAAAGCAAAACAGAAGUUUAGAUUUUAAUCAAAUUUGUAGGAUUUCUAAGUCUAAUUUUUCAAAAUUGUCUGCUUCAACCAUCUCUUUCCACUCUCCUCUUGGAGGAGUUGGGGACAGGGCUGGAGUGAAAAUACUUGUAAUGUUGUAUCCUAGUGUCUUUCCUCCCAGUGCAGAAUAUUCCUUUCUUUGUUAAGAUUCCUAAGGAGUUAUUCCUUUUUUCUUUUAUAAUAAACAAGCCCCCUCUCCAUUUGCAUUUCCCCUACUGUUCCCUGGUUUUUGUGCUGGCCACAGCAGGCCAGCUGUGGUUUUCUCUUGCCAUGACAACUUCUAAUUGCCGUGUACAGUAUGUUAGAGUUAGAUAACUUCUUGUUGUAAACAAACUGUAACUGCCCAGAGCAGCGCUUAUAAAUCAACCUAACAUAAGAUCUCUUCUGACUUGUUUCUUUGUGAUUGUUUAAAAAAAAAAA